CUGAGGGGGGUUUAGUAUAUUGUGCAGUUGCUAGAGUAUUCUGGGUAGUAUAAGUGGUUGUUUACUAGUCUAAGUCAAAUUGGGUUGCUUAGGAAAGUAAUAGAAAACUUCUCCACAACAAGCUACAUGAUUUGAGUUAUUAUUCCUGUCUAAGACAAGUUAGUAUAAAGUUUCUAUACACCAAGUAUAAGCUAGUAAUGGUGAUUCUAGUGCAAACAGGACUAAUAAAGGUUCCUGUUUCCUGUCCACAAGGAGUUUAGUGUUUCCUGCAGCACUGUUUGUUCUCGAUAUUGUGUCUGUGAGAUCGAGUUGAGUCACGACAGACAGUACACAGCAGUUUCCAUGGCUGCAGUUAACCCAUUGUCUAUUACCAUGAUGAAUAAUUUACAUAGCCGUAAACUAGCAUCCAAAAAUCUUUUGUGUCCAUCAAGAUUGAAGAGGGUAAUGAGAUUAAUCAAACAUUGUCUAUAAAGGUAUACAAGCCAAGAAACAUGCACACACUCAUGCAAGAAUGCUAAUAGGUGAUUCAUAUCUAGUUAAACCUCUUCUAAAGACUCAAAACAAGCCCAGACAGAUGCUGAGGCAUCAGAGACACGUCCCUUCUGAACUUAUCAGUGCUUAAACUUAUACUUUAGUGAUACACAUUAUGAACAACAACAGACAGACCUAAUUCAUCUGCACCUUAAAUAGCUACCAUGUGCUGUCAUACUACUGUUUAUAUUUUCAUACACAGUGUACUGCACCGCUACUAUUUAUAUCAUUGGCUGCUGUUUGUUUUGUAGAAAGUAUGUCGUGUCGUCUUUCAUACUAUGUACUAUGUACAAGUGAGUGACGAGCAGUUUCUGCAUCACAUCAUGCUAUAGGCCUGUCAUAGAAAACUUUUCAUAUAUAUAUAUAUAUAUAUAUAUAUAUACAUAUACCCUAUACUACUGUACUAUACUAAGAUUUUAUGUUAAUAAACAUUCAUGAAUUAUUAUGAAUCUGUAAAGUUCUAUAAAAACUUGUACAGCUAUACCAAAGUGUGUAUAAGAUGUUUUGUGAUGUGUGUGUGCAGUGUGUCAGAUGGGCAGCAGCAGCAGCAGUAGACUCUUCAGUACUCUGGCCCAGACUCUGAGCAGCGCUGCACUGGCAGACCCGCAUGUGGAUACUGAUGACUACGAGUAUGAGCAGGCUGACCCAGAUGCGCUGUUGCGUGAAUGCGAAGAGGUUUUGAGGAACCGGCCUCCUCGACUGCACCGAGACUUUAUGACGACCAGAGCCUGCUCACUGCAGAACGCACCCAUCCGCGUCAUGCAGUGGAACAUCUUAGCACAAGCUCUGGGUGAAGGCAAGGACGGUUUUGUGCGCUGCCCAAUGGAGGCAUUGAACUGGUCAGAGAGGAAGUAUCUCAUUUUGGAAGAGAUCCUGACCUACAGGCCAGAUGUGUUGUGUCUACAGGAGGUGGACCACUACUUUGACACCUUCCAGCCUGUGCUCGCCAGCUUGGGCUACCAGAGCAGCUUCUGCCCCAAGCCAUGCUCCCCCUGCCUGGACGUUCACAAUAACAACGGCCCUGACGGCUGCGCUCUGUUCUUCAACCGCCGUCGCUUCCAGCUGCUCCACACCGCUCACCUCAGACUCUCUGCCAUGUUGCUCAAAACCAACCAGGUUGCUAUCGUGGCUACGCUUCGCUGCAGGUUCACAGGUCGAGUCUUCUGCGUGGCAGUAACACACUUGAAAGCGCGGAGCGGCUGGGAGGCGUUUCGAAGCACACAGGGGGCUCACCUCCUCCAGCAGCUCUGCGAACUAACCACACAGUCGCACCCGGAGAUGGAUGAUGAAAACCGGACUAGGGUUGGGGAAACCGAAGAUGGUAUUCCGUUGGUGGUAUGUGGGGAUUUUAACGCGGAACCAAGUGAGGAAGUGUACAGGCGCUUUAUGACUUCUCCUCUGGGGCUAGAUAGUGCUUACAAGUGUCUAAGUGAGGAUGGGAACACAGAGCCGCCCUACACCAGCUGGAAGAUCCGGCCCAGCGGAGAGAGCCGCUCUACCUUGGACUACAUUUGGUACUCAGAAAGAGCGUUCCAGGUGGACACUGUGCUAAAGAUACCGAGCGAAGAGCAGAUCGGGCCGGACCGGCUUCCAUCGUAUCAUUAUCCCUCUGAUCAUCUGUCACUGGUGUGUGACCUAAGAUUUAGUCAGCAGCCUCAUAGGUUCAUGUAGCUGUCAAUCAUUAGUGCUCUCCAAUAGGGAUCCAGAGCAGCUUAGGACAUUCCUAGAGUAUGUGUGCUUAUGUCUGAAUGUGAGAAUGCAUUAUUUGCAAAGAAUGUAUCAUUUUAUUCACCUAUUUUUACCUGCUUAUGUAGGUCUUAAUGCACCUCUUUGCUUAUUAUUUUCCUUGAUGGAGAUUAAUUAUUAUUAUGCUCUCAUUGUUUGUUAAACAGAGGUUGUGCAAUAUAUAGUAAUUUAUUAAGUGCUAAAGGAUGAUCUCAGGAAGACGCACAUUCUCGAUUAAAAGGUUCCACAAGUGGAAAGAUGUUUAUAUUUAUACUGACUGUAUACUUUUUUUUUUCUUUUAGUAACACUGUAAUCAUUGAUAUGUUUGCCAUUGACCAGUAAUCUCUAAAUACACCAGUUUAUUUAAA